CUUACCCUCGGGAACAGUGAUACUGUGUGGUGUGUGCAAGUGCUAUACCUACUUAAUUGUACUUGUCGCCGACGACCAUCACCGCGAUACCGUUACUUGCCCAGCUCCUGCUACGUUUUAUUAUUUUCUCUCUUACCAGUCUUACCACGAGUAAUAAAUAAGCGUCAUCAUCAGGACCAGUACUGCAUCAGCAACCCCAUGAUCACCGAGGCGAGCAAGUGACGCCGCGCGCGGGGGGGGGCCUCGCAGAGAGAGAGAGAGGAGUGCGUGCAAGUGACAACACGCGCCAGCUGUACACGUACCUGAAGUAUAAUUAUCACUCAACUCAACAACCACAACCCGUCCUUUUGGGACUGCUGUACUCCUGAGAGAGAAAGAGAGGGGAAGCACAGCUGCCGGCAGUAACCUUAAAGCCAUGGCGGAGGAGAGCGUCGAGGCCAAGUCGGCAGGUCCCUCCUCGCCCAGGAGUCCCCAUGUACCCGGAACCGUUGUUGCUGCUGCUGUCCCCGCUACGACUGCUGCUAUUACCGUUACUAACGUCGCUGCUGCCAACAACAAUAAUCCUGCUGCUGCUGCUGCUACUGUAGCUGGAGCACCAGCAGCAGCAACAGCAACUGGUACCAGUACCUGCAGCUCAGCGCCAGUGAACCCUGGCAACGGGUCGGCCAAGGCCAGUGGUAGCCCUCGCUCGCCCCGGCAGCCGCGCAGGGUCAAGCUCAGCGAGCAUCAGCUGGACGGCUUGAGCAAGGACGAGCUGGCGGCCAAGUGGCGCGAGCAGGACUCCUAUGUGGACUUUUUGGAGUCUCAGGCGACGACCCUGGAAGGGGAUACUGUUUCAUUGAAAGAAUCGGAAGAAAAAUACAGACAGCAGUAUGCAGAAGCUUCCCACAGAGAAAAAAUCUUAGUAAGAAGAUUGGCUUCAAAAGAACAAGAAUUGCAAGAAUAUGCGAAUCAAUUGACUGAAAUGAAAGCCACCCAUGCACCGUCCGCUGCAGCUUUAAGGUCUACUCUUCUUGAUCCAGCUGUAAAUAUACUUAUACAAAAAUUACGGCAAGAAUUAAUAACAACAAAAGCUAAAUUAGAAGACACACAAAAUGAAUUGAGCGCCUGGAAAUUUACUCCAGACAGUAAUACUGGAAAGAGAUUAAUGGCCAAAUGUAGACUAUUGUAUCAAGAGAACGAAGAAUUAGGUCGUAUGAUAUCUAGUGGACGUAUAGCUAAAUUAGAAGGAGAACUAGCACUUCAAAAGAGUUACAGCGAAGAAAUGAAGAAGUCCCAAUCCGAACUAGACGAAUUCCUUCAAGAUCUUGAUGAAGACGUUGAAGGUAUGCAGAGCACAAUUUACUUUUUGCAACAAGAGUUACGCAAGGCACGUGACUCUGUAACCACGUUGCAAUUAGAAAACGCGACUUUAAGAUCUUCUGUAGGUGAAAACAAUUUGACAAAUGGCUUGUCACCGCAUACACCACCGAUUAAAAAAGACGAAGCUGAAGAGAACGUAGCGCCAGAGGUAACGAAGCCGAUAAAAAGCGAAGACAGUGACAGGUAUAAAGGUGCUAGGACUCCUCCGUUACCUUCCGAGAGUUCGACUCCAAGUGAGCGUGCGAGUGUAGAUAUUAAGCCAGAAAGAACAGAAAACAAAACGGAACAAAAUGACGAGAGCUCGAGUGACUCUGCAGCUUUGAUUAUUAAAGUGGAAAGCGAACUGUUAAGUGAGCGUGAAGAGGAAGACGAGUCGAGGUCCAGUAAAAGGACAUUAAGGACUAAGAGUAAUAACAGGAGCAGUGGCAAGACUAACGGGGAAGAAGUGUUAACAAGGACGACAAGGGGAAGGGAUAAAUCAAAGAGGGACAAAAGUGUGCUAAGUAGUGACGAUGAAAGGAUUCACAAAAAGAAACGCAGGGGCAGUCUUCUGUCCCUCGAGUGCAGCGAGGGAGGUGACGAGGACUCUCUGGUUAUAACUAACGGCGAGAUGCAAAGUGAUCCAGAGUGAACGUAAUGUAUGUUUGUAGCUAAUUACAACUAUGCAAAUAUCAAAGUUAACUGGUUUAAUGAGAAGUAUGAUUAUAUUAAUAAGUCAACGCGUUAUCAAAACUGACAAAGGUCACUUAUGAGUGACAACGAAAUUGUAUUAUAAACACAUAAUAAUUGUAUGAUUAUGAGAAAUUAUAGAAUUUUAACGGUUUACUUUUAUAAAAUUGAAUUUGUCAAAGUAAUCACAGUUAAUCAUCACACUAUUUAAUUUAAACAACAUCAACAUAUGUAUGCUUUAUUUUCAUCGGACAAUUCGUUAGUAUAUCUUCCAGUAUCAAUUGAGACUUUAUCCAUAAAUACACAGAUUAUUCAUUGGCACUAAUUCAAAUGAAUUUCAUAAUGUGUAUAAAUAUACAUAAAAAUUCCUAGUUAACAAUAUCUAUACUAAGCUUGUGUGUGGAAAAUGAAGUUUGUAUAUUAUGCUCUACAACUUGAUUUUCAAUUUACUCUGAAAUCGUACAAUUAGAUAAUCAUGCGGUUAAAAAAUAUAGAUUUUAAAAUUAUUUUCGAGAAAAUCACUUGUGGCAUAUUAUUAAAGACAAUUGUACAAAGUAUUCUAAUUAACGUUUUGAGUGAAAAGCGUUUAUUAACAUAAAUUCAUUUUUUAAUCAUUUUCAUUUUCAAAUCAAUCAAAUGGCUUAUGAGAUCGAUUUGUACAUUUACAAGCACUUGCAAAUGACGUACGCUGCAUCUUUUUUUUUACUUGGCAAUUGUCAAAUUUUUUUCUAUUUUGAAUUAAUUUGAAAAG